AUGUCCGUAUUCCGCCCCUCAGCACACGCCCUAAUAACAGGCGGCGCAUCCGGCGUCGGCUACGCCGUCGCGCAACUCUGCCUCAAGCACUCAAUGCGCGUCUCCAUCGUCGACUCCAGCCAAUCCUCCCUCGACCACGCACGCAAAAGCCUCUUCUUAUCUUCCUCCUCCCCCUCCUCUAUCUCCAACUCCGUAACCUUCAUCCAAGCCGACGUCUCCUCCCGCUCAGACUGGGCCUCAAUCCGCCAACAAGCCGGUCUCGACGUCGACUUCCUCAUGCUAAACGCCGGCAUCGGCGGAAAAGGUACCUGGGGCGAUGAAGACUACUUUGAUAAGAUCCUUGCUACGAAUCUGGGGGGUGUGGUGAAUGGGUUGAAUGCGUAUGUGCCGAGUUUUAAGGAGAGGGCGGGGAAGGAGGGGAUGACGGCGAUUGUAAUCACAGGGAGUAAACAGGGGAUUACGAAUCCGCCUGGUAAUCCGGCGUAUAAUGCUAGUAAGGCAGCUGUGAAGACGCUGGCUGAGCAUUUGAGUUAUGAUCUGAAGGAUAGCGGUGUUGGGGUGCAUUUGUUGGUUCCGGGGUGGACUUUUACUGGGCUUUCUGGAAACGAGCCAGGCUCAACCAAAGCCAAACCGGAAGGUGCAUGGUCAGCCGACCAAGUCGCUGAUUACAUGUAUGCCAAGAUGCAGGACAAGAAAUUCUACAUCAUCUGUCCUGAUGACCAGGUCACGGAGGAGACGGACAAGAAGCGUAUGCUGUGGAGUGUAGGUGACAUUGUGAACGAGAGGCCACCGCUGACCCGAUGGAGGGAGGAGUACAAGGAGGAAGCCGAGAAGUGGAUGGCGGAGCAGAAAGUGUAG